GCCUACCUCAAAAUUCUUGCUGCGUUUGUAAACAAGCCGCUGUUUUUGCGUUAUUUUUUGCAAUCUGAACGUACAACAAAGCAUUUUACAAUUCAUGUUGUCGAGGAGAUCUUCGAGGAUUCAUUUGCUUUUAUAUGUGGUCACUGACUGGAAAUAUUGAGUUGUAAUAUCGUCCUCUUUUGGGGGCAUGGAUCGAACAGCUUUGAAAUUGAUAUUGAAAAUAUAUAGUUUCUUUCAUUGGCGGUCAAUUUCAUGUCAAGGUGCCUAGUGAAAGGAUUCUUGUUUGAAAUGGUGAAGACUUCUAGUAAUGUUCUGUUCACUCAGUUAAAGCGGGCGGCGAUUGUUGCUUUAUGUUUGUUCGUGUUCUGCGAAUGGUUGAUUUAUUACGUGGUCAUUUAUCAGUGCUCCUGGCCUGAACUUCAGUCAGAGGGAAGCGAAAGGCGCUUCGAUCCUCUUAGGAUAAUGUUGUUGACUGAUACACAUUUGUUAGGACCAAAACAUGGCCACUGGUUCGACAAACUCAGGCGAGAAUGGCAGAUGGAGAGAGCCUUUCAGACAGCUGUUGCACAUUUCAAACCUGAUGUUGUGUUUUUACUUGGGGAUCUGUUUGAUGAGGGUUUAUACAGUAAUGAUGAGGUGAGGUACUAAGGUAAUACACCUGGGCCAAAUGUCGAACUUUCCAUGAGACAAACCAAACUUAGGCCCUGUCUAUAAGGAGGGAGGGUAACCCUGGUGCUCGGGUUACCCUAGCAAGAGGGUUACCCUAACACUUGCACAUUUCUUCUUUUUGUACACGACGUGUUUACAAGGCAGGUAGGGUUACCCUAGCGCUAGGGUGACCUGACCCUACCUGAGUGCUAGGGUUACCCUAGCAAGAGGGUUACCCUACCUGCCUUGUAAACACUCUGCUAGGGAUAACUUGCCGACCUGGGACAACUUUACGCCGUCAUGCAUGACCAGUAAUCAUGCAAAUUUGAACAGUAUUAUCCAAUUUCUGAGCUUAAUCAUAAACAUCUGAAAAAUAAAAAGUUAUUUUCUUUCUACAAUGAUAAUAGUCUCCCUCUUUUUUUUUUCGUGAAUUAACGUGUUUUCCAUGGAGAACUUCAAGAUUAUUUCAAGUCUUGGACCGUUACAAAGAAUGUCACACAUGAAGAAACACGUCAGCAAAGCUGGUAAAGUUGACCCAGGUGAUAGGGUAACCCUACCUGUGAAAUUUACCUGUAAACCAGAGCUAACUUUAACCUGCUUGGUAGCCUGGGUAACCCUAGCACAAGGGUAACUCUCUCUCCUUGUAAACAGGCCCUUAGUGUGUUAAGUUCAUGAAAAGGGUGAUAUCUGGCUCAGUCAAGUUUGUCUGAAUGAGUUUGGAUUGUCCAACACAUUCUAUCCAUCUGCUUCAGAUGGAUAGAGCGUCUGAGGAUUGUCUCCAGGAUAAACAUUGAUCUUGACAUGGGAAGAACUGAACUAAUAAAUUAAAAAUAUGUAUGAUAAUGUAUAUUUAGCCUCAUUCAGGAGAAAAUUUAUUACUGAAUAUCCACUGGCCAGCUAAAAUUGCUUUUUGGUCUCAUUCUGUUGAUUGGUUCGACGGGUCCUAAGUUCAAUGUCUGACCCAAUAGACGAUCUUAACUUAAUUUAUGUAGAUCCAAAUUAGAGUUUGGUUUGUCUCAUGAAAAGUUCAACAUUUGGUGUAGGCCUUAGGUUAAUACAGCAAAUACUGUCUUAGGAUUAAAUGCCCUGAAGUAAAGUACUGCCCCACAAGUAUGAAACUAGUUUUUAAAAACUUGUUGAAACACAGGUAAAGAUUUGCCAGUUAGACCCCCUCUAUACAAGAAGCUAAUUAACUUUAAGUUUGUAGGCUCUUAUUUUUUAAAUUCUAUUGAAAAUAAUCUCUACUCUAAAAAAGGGCUCUUUAAAAUCCAUGUAAUCAGUAUUUCAAAUUAUUUUUCUUGUUGUAGUCAUUUUUAAUAGACAGCAACACUCUCUUAACGCUUCAAGUCCCGACGGUGACCAACAUCAAUUUUCUCCUAACAAUAUCUACACAAUGUCAAGAGAUUAGGUUAUGAGAAUUAAUUAAAUGAUCACCAAAGAGAAAAUGCUUUGAUCUUUUAUCAAACUCUCUCAACUUAUUCUUUAAAGAAAUGUAUAGAGAUCAGUUUGGAGAAUUUGCUCGUGGAUAUUGGGACUUAAAGGGUUAACUACAAUUUGAUUUUUUUUCUUCAGAAAAAUAAGGACCUAUCCAAGAACCUAAAUACCAGUAACCUAAAUUGGUCUUAUUUAUUACCACUUUGAUAAGGACCUCCUUAGGCUAACUUGGUAAAAUGUACUUGACUGUACAUGUAGGUUCUUACACAUCGUAGUACUGCUUACAAAAACUCUCUGAAUGUCAUCCCUCUCUCUGUAUACAUGGAUUUUUGUAGUGAAAUGGAAAAUAUCUGUGAAAUGGUUUUAAGUGAGAAAUCAGGAAACAGUAGUUCUCUAAGGAGAAAAGUUGUGUAUAAAUUAAGGCCACUUCUCAUUUGAGUAAGAUAUUCUAGUGAUUUUUUAUGCUUUUAUUCCAAUUUAUUUAUCAGGAAUGGGAUUUCUAUGUACAUCGUUUUCACAAGAUGUUCGAUCGUUCUGAAAAUACUGAAUUCCAUGUAGUGGUAGGAAAUCAUGACAUUGGAUUCCACCCUGAGUAAGUUGGAUCAUAUUAUGAUAAAAACCAAACAAAUUAAAGCAUGACUACUUUAUGGGGCCAUGCAGCUUUGUAUAUACUGUAAUCCUUUAUGAGAAAAACAGACUGAAGAUUGAUAGAAAUAUUUUAGUCACAGUCAUAAAACAGUGGAAAACGUCACACUUGCAGCUUAAAGUGGCUGAGUGGUUCCAGUAUUAAGGGUUUGAUUUAAAAUUCCUCUUAGUUAUUAAAUUUUCCUACCCCUCUGAAAAUUCCAGUUCAGAUUCAAACAGUGUACAUCCAGGGAGAACAGAACAUUUUUUUCCAAGUGAAGGGGGAGGGUUGGCAAGUGACUUGAAAUGUGGAUACUAAGGAGACUAGCCUCCUUGCAAGUCUUUAUUUUUUUCAGAAAGACUCUGGGGGAUGAAGCCACCCAGCCCCCUCCCCCCUCCUUAACUCUGCUGUCCCUGAUAUCCCUUUAAAAGUUUUGGUCUUUUAGUCCCCCUUCCUUUGAAAUUUCCAGUCACCAUCCUUAGCUAGGGUGAGUAUGGAUACUUUUUGGAACCAUGCAACACUCUAACUUAUCUCUAAGUUAUAUGUAAACACUACCCCCGAGAUGUUCUCAUUUCAUGUUACAAUCAGUUAGACCACAAAUUGUGAUCCCGUUUACCUGUGUGUGAGCAAAGAAUUCAAGGCACCUCAAAGGUCCCCAAAGCACAUUGAUACACCACAACUGGCUGCAAUUACUAUGAGAAAAGAGAUUUGUCUAUUUUAAACAUAAACUUUUUUAAUAAAUUAUUGUGGAGCCUUUUGUUAACCAGUUGCAAAUAUGUUUCUUUCCUCAGGGCCUCUAGAGACAGUCACUUGUUUGAAAGAUUUUCAUCUGUGUUCGACUCACCAUCAGCUAAACUGAUCAACAUCAAAGGAAACAUGUGAGUUAGUGGACUCAAUUUCCUUCUAAAUACUUCAUUUAAAGUUUCCGUCACCCUUGACUUAGAAGAAGGACAGCAUUUUCUAAAUAGUAAUUUAGCCUUUCGUUAGUUAUUAGUAAUUACUUACAGAAAUCCCAUCAACCCCACCCACAGCUCUUUCUCUCCUAGUUUAAUGUUAUGCAGUGUGUCUUGCAGUAGUUUUUUCAGGUUGAGAUGACAAGCCUAAUUCCUCUAUUGACCAAUAUGGCUUGAUUGAAUCAACCAGAAAUCUGGACCUCAGUGAUCAGUCACUCAGCAUUCAAUGAGUCACUUGUCACGAAGAAAUGAGCAUUUCACCAACUUGAAAAAUUGAUACACCAAGAGCACCUAGAGCACUUGCUAUACCCCAGCUCUGUUACGGACGUGAAAUGCUUAAUUAAAAAGGUUAACAAUUUGCUCUUUCAAUUAUUUAGAUUUGUUCUAGUGAAUUCCAUAGCAUUGCAAGGUGAUGAUUGUUCCAUGUGUUCCGAAGCCAUGAGGCAACUUCAUGCUGUAGCUGAUAAGCUCAACUGUUAUCAGAGGUCCAAGAAAGAAAUCUUUGAAGAUAUUGUGAAACAAGACAGAACUUUUUGUGAGCUUCCUAAGGAUUCUCCACCACCAAUACUUAUACAGGUAUAAUCCAAGUCUGGCUGGUGCUGCACCAUAUACUAAGUGAAUAACAAGUCUUGAGUUACAUCACAAAGAACACAACAAUGAUCUCUAGCCCUAACUCAAUAACACAAUAAACUUCACACAAUAGAACGACACAACAGUGUAUAUAAUUGACUUGGUAUAUCGAGCACCAUCCCUACGUCUUGGCAAUCUAGCUAGACUGCAAAUCAGAAAUUGACUUUUUAUGGGCACAGCCAUCAAACAAUGUGCCUUUACUGCAAAUUUCCUUCAAGUUUAAAAUGUUUCUGGGGACAGCCCUGCACACACUUUGAGUCCGUGAAUCUUAUGUACCCUAAGGUGCGUUACUUCCUUACUUUCAUAGCACUGUACAGUGGAAUUCCCAACAUUCUGUGGAAAAGGAAGCUGGUUCAAUUAUUGAGAGUUUCAGAAAACUGAGGGUUUGAGAAUCAGGUUGAUCGGGUGUAUUUCUUAUUUUUUUUAGUUUUCAAAUAAUCAGCUUCAUGUAUUUCAUGUGUACAAUUAAAUGUAAUUGUUUCCAACAUACAAAGGUAAACUCACUAUUUAAAUCCCUAGGGUAACCAACAUUAAAUUUCUCCAAACAAUAUCAAUUCAUAAUCAGGAGAAAAUGUUACGAUCAAAUAAAUAAAAUGAUUACCAGUGGGAAGAUGCUUUGAUCUUUAAUUAGAUUCUCUAAACUGGUUCUUUAAGGAAGUGUAUGGGGAUCAGUCUGGAGAUUUUGUAUGUGGAUAUUGGGUCUCAAAAGGCUCUGCACUUGUUUUUCUCUAUAGCAUUUCCCAUUGUACCGUGAAACGGAAAUGAGCUGCACAGGCGUUGAUGCUCCUCCCCCUGAUCUAAAGCAAAUCACCAAUCGAGAAAAAUGGGAAGUAGUUUCUAAGGAGAUGUCAAAUACUCUGCUGACACUGAUUAGACCACGCUUGGUUCUCAGUGGCCACACCCAUCAUGGCUGCUACCUGGUGCAUGAAGAUGGGACCCCAGAAAUGACUAUACCAUCAUUCAGUUGGAGAAACAGGAACAACCCUAGUUUUGUGCUAGUAAGUGAAUGAAGUACUUUAGUGGUUAGCAAUAUCAGCAAUGCACAUGAGACUGAAUCAUUAGAGGCCUUUAGAUUCAAAGACAAGGAUGAUUACGAGGGCAAUGUUUUCUCACCAGUGCGUGCACGUGAACCAGCGUUAUUUUGGCGGGAAAAAGUGAUAGCCGUCGUCAUUCUACCAUGGGCUUUAGCAAGAAUGCUGAUUAGUAGAAACAAGUUAUCAGUGGUUAAAAGUUUAAUCAUUUUGCAAUCUUGAGAGGGCAAACUUCCUUCAAUGAAAAUAACCAUGCUAAUGUUUGUGGUGAAAAAAAAAGUUACACUAAAGCUUUCCAGGGUGCAUAUUUGUCGAACAUAAAAACUUUAAGUUGUAUCUCGUCCUCAUAGUCGUCCUCGUCCUCGAAUCUAUAAAAGGUCUCUAUGUUGUGUCAAACUGUACCAUGGGCUGAGUGUUUUCAUUGUUAAAUACUAAAACAUCUAGCUCGGAUGCCCUGUUAAUGGAAGCGUGUACACCUGACAAAUGGGCUAGCACUUGAAGCGUCAACUGACGAAGCCAAACUUAGUUUCUUAGAACUACACGAAGAAGAAAACAAAAACACUUGAAUUUUUAACAGUUCCAUGAAUCCUUUUUCUCCCAUAGUGAAUGAAUGGAGUCUUGUAAGGCGUGGUUGUAACUUUUGAGUCUGUGGACGAAAUUCUAUGUUGUGACGAUUCAAAAUAAAACCUCUUCAGCAGUAUUUUCACACGGUGCUAUUUAUUUACCAUGUUGUUCUAACUUUUGAAUCUGUGGACGAAAUCUUAUGUUGUGACCAUUCAAAUGAAAGCUCUUCAGUAGUACUUUCGCAUGGUGCUGUUCGUUUUUCAACAUUUUACAAAGUGAGAUUUUGAAAUUUGUUGAAUUUUGACUUUGUCCAUUUCUAGGAGUGAAAGGAUUUAAGCUCCGUUACUGUAGAUCAGGACCCGCUUUUCACUCAGUGUUCUCGUUUCUUUUCAGAGUGUCAUCACACCAGAGAGAUACGCCUUGUCCAAGUGUUUUAUACCCCGGGAGAGUACAGUCAUUGCGGUCUAUAUCAUUGCUGGCCUUGCUUUUGUGUUGGUGAACUUUAGACCUACCUAUCGUUAUUUCAAAACGCGAAGAACAUGCAGACAAAUAACACUCGAUUGUUGCGUUAGAUAG